CAGAGGAAAAUAUUUUCGUGAUCAUACUGAAAACUCAGCAUCAGAUGCGUUUAGCCUCAUGCCCUGAGAGCUGUGAGUCAAAGCAGAAACAGCCUUCAGGCCGGAUGUGGGUUCCCUUAAGGAGGCUGGCUCGUAGCACGGGAUUCAUUCUGCAACAGGCGGAAAGAGGGACCAGGCGGGAUGAAGAGGUUACUGGUCCUUGCGCUGUCUCUGGCUUUACUGAUUGUCUUCUCAGGGUCCUCCCCGAUUCUGAUGGAAAAGCAGGCUAAACAGCUCCUGAGAUCCCGGCGCCAGGACAGGCCAAGCAAACCCGGGUUCCGUGAUGAGCCCAUGCGGGAGUACAUGCACCACCUGCUCCUCCUGGAGCACCGUGCUGAGGAGCAGUUCCUGGAGCACUGGCUGAACCCUCACUGCAAGCCCCACUGCGACAGGAAUGUGGUCCAUCCCGUGUAAGUGGCUCAGGACCAGCCUCUGCAAAGAACGUUUUGAUAAAACAACAGCCCGGAUACUGUUGAAACUGGAUGAGGCUCCUUCUUUCAUUUAUUUUUCAGCUGUGGAAUGGAUGUCUUCAGACCUUGUGAAUUGUGGGCAUAGCAAAGGUUGCCUUGGGGAUUGAUGGCAAAUAUUUACGCUACUUCAUUUUACUAAACUGCACAACUCAUUAAAACCAAUAGCUUAAACCCUAGACCCCUGCCCCCCCCUCCCCUGCAAUGGCCCUCCUCCUGAUUUGAAAGGGUGGGCAGAGGGGAAUAUUUCCUGGGGCUGGGACCUCUGGAAAGGAGAGGUGUUAUCUUGGAGGCCUGAAGCAUGCCGCUUGGGGCUGCAGGGGUUUUGGCCCUUGCUUUUCUCUCUCUCUUCUUUUCUGCUCUAAUAAACAUCAGUGUUAAGCCUGC